GCAAUCUGCCUUCAUUUGAUUCCAAGUGUUAAGUUGAAUUGGACGUCCCUGACAAUUUUAGUCAUACACGAAAAAAGAAUAUUGGUUCUAUUCUAGUUUUACGAAAGAUCAAUAACAAAAAGUUUCAGAAGGGGAUAAAUCUUGAAAUUUAUAGUAGAAGUGAAAUGAAGGUCAUACCAAGAAGUAGGGCAGACGAAGAAGAUAUUGACAAUUUUACUGAUUAUUUAAAUGCAAACAAGGACUUGUGGAUUGGAAUUGUGAAGGUUGUAUCAUUUUUGGUUAUAUUUGUAGCCGGCGUUAUUCUUGGGUUGGCAGCAAGUGCACAUGUUACUAGAUACGUUACUUCUUCACACACGGGGCUAUUUUAUUCAUCACAUAACUUUCCAGUUCCUUCCCAUAAGAAGAAUUGCUUCACCUUAAGUAAUUGUAAGGAGGAUGAUUUUUUGGGCAUGAAGGGUUUUGUCAACCCAACCUAUUUGACACAUAGUAUGACAGAUGAUGAGCUAUUUUGGAGGGCUUCAAUGGUGCCAAAGAAAGAUGCCUAUCCAUACAACAGAGUGCCUAAGGUGGCCUUCAUGUUUCUGACGAGGGGACCAUUGCCAUUUAUGCCACUAUGGGAAAAAUUUUUCCGUGGUCAUGAAGAGCUCUUUUCAAUUUAUGUUCACACGCUUCCAGGGUAUGAGAGCAAUGUCACAAAUACGUCUGUUUUCUACGGCCGCCAAAUCCCAAAUCAGGAUGUUCAAUGGGGAUCAAUAACAAUGUUAGAUGGAGAGAGGCGUCUUCUUGCCAAUGCCCUUCUUGACUUCUCAAAUGAGCGGUUUGUUCUACUUUCUGAGAGUUGCAUUCCAAUAUAUGACUUCAAAACUGUUUAUAAAUACCUCAUUGGCUCUUCACAUAGCUUUGUUGAGUCCUAUGAUGAACCAACCCGUUACGGACGUGGACGUUACAGUGGCCGUAUGUAUCCCAACAUUAAGCUCACCCAGUGGAGGAAAGGAUCCCAGUGGUUUGAAAUGAACCGUGCUCUAGCUGUAGAAAUAAUCUCAGACAAUGAGUACUAUUCUGUCUUUGGGAAAUAUUGUAAGCCUACUUGCUACCCUGAUGAGCAUUACCUGCCAACUUACAUAAACAUGUUCCAUGGACAAAUGAAUGCAAACCGGACUGUGACUUGGGUUGAUUGGUCGAUAAGGAGCCCUCAUCCAGCUACCUUUGGAAGGCAUGAUAUUACAGAAGGGUUUAUACAAUCCCUAAGGAAUAAUGGAACAGCUUGUUCAUAUAAUUCCAAACGGACAUAUGUUUGUCACCUCUUUGCAAGGAAGUUUUCUCCCGAUGCAUUGGAGCCUCUACUUAACAUCAGCUCAACAGUAAUGAAAUUUUGAAAAUUUGCAUUUAGUUG